UCUUUCAAGAGGCUUUGUAUGGCAGAUGGGACACUCAUCCUAUCAAGGGGUUCUUGGGAAGAGAUAAUGACAUUUAGCCCAGCAAAAAGAAAAGUCAUAUUGGAGGUGUUUGCUAACAGUGGAGGUUGGAGCUUCUUAUUGGGAAAGCUAUUACUCAUGCAGUUUUAG